CCUUUACCUAUAAACCAAUGACCUAAUGAUUAAGCUCGUCUUGCAGCAGAUCGGAGAUAACUUUCUCUAGGAGGAUAUGGGUCAAAUUGAAUACGUCUCAGCCACCACAGUGAAACCCACAACUAAUACAAACUCACCUCAAAAGAUCGAAUCAACCCCAUUUGAUCUUCCAUUCCUUGUUGUUGAUUACACUCACAGGGGCAUUCUCUUUCUGAAACCUGAACAGCAAAAGCAACACCUUGGAAAAAAUAAUGUAAUUGAUCACCUGAAAAUCUCUCUCUCCCGCACACUUGAUAUCUUUGCUCCCUUCGCCGGCCGCCUUGCUACCGUCGAAAAUGAAGAUGGGACAACUUCUUUCUUCAUUCAUUGCAAUGGUGCCGGUGCCAUGUUCGUUCAUGCUGUUGCAGAUGGUGUUUCUGUAGCUGACAUACUUGAGCCUUCCUGUGUUCCCACCAGUAUUGUUCAUUCUUUUUUCUUAAUGAAUGGAGUUUACAACUUUGAAGGCAUUUCCAAACCCUUGCUUGCAGUGCAAGUUACUGAGCUUGGAGACGGCGCCGUUUUCCUUGGUUGCAGCUAUAACCAUGCGGUUGCUGAUGGGACAUCAUUCUGGAAUUUUGUUAAUACUUGGUCUGAAAUAUCUAGAAGUUAUGGAGAAAUCUUGCAGCCUCCUCCAGUCCUUGGAUAUGAUUGGUUCCUUCAUGGGAUUGAUCACCCAAUUCGAGUUCCUUUCUCAUACGAUGAAACAAUUUGCAACAGGUUUAUUUCACCACCUCUGAUAGAAAAGGUGUUUCAUUUCUCCAAGGAAAAAAUUGCAGCUCUUAAAGCCAAAGCCAAUGCUGAGAUGAGCACAUCAAAGAUCUCAUCCCUUCAAGCAAUCUUAGGUCUUCUUUGGCGAUCCACAAUUCGUACUAGAAAUCUUGAUGCUGAUCAAGAAAUCUAUUGCCGGGUACUUGUAAACAUGAGGCAAAGGUUGCAGCCUCCAUUGCCUGAAGAGUAUUUUGGAAAUGCAGUUGUAUUUGGAACAGCAACAACAACAGCUGGUGAGCUGCUGAAGAAUGGGUUAGGCUUCGCUGCUUUGCAGAUAAACAAGAUGGUUGCUCAGCAAACAGAUGAAGUAGUGAGAAAGAACUUGGAGAAUUGGGUUAAGAGGCCUGUUUUAAAGAAACUUAGUUCUGCAGCAAGCAAUGCGUUGAUUGUAGCAAGCUCGCCUCGGUUCAAUGUUUUUGGUAAUGACUUCGGUUGGGGGAGGCCUGUGGCUGUGCGAGGUGGAGCUGGGAACAAUUAUGACGGGAAAAUGAGUGUUUUUCCAGGAGUGAGAGAGGGGAGUGUGGAUAUUCAGGCUUGUCUUCUGCCUGAAACAUUACAAUCUAUGGAAAAGGAUGAAGAGUUCAUGGAGGCUCUAUCUGCUUGAUUUUCUAUUGAGAUUCAAUAAAAAAUUUGCUUGCUUUACAUUGUAUUACGGCUUAUCAAACGUUGCACACGUUCCCCUGUACUUUCUAUACUUCAAAAUCAUACAUUGCAUUAAAUUUCUUAGGCACUUGCCAAUGGCAUUGUUCAAUUUCUUUCUAGAUACCAUGUAUGCAUCAACUUCACCUGUCAAGCCAAAGUCUCCGCCUUUUCUUCUCCGGAGAGAUAAUUCAAGCUCCUGUGCAGAUUCCUUCAUCUGUGAGAAAAAUCCCUUGUGGAAUCGCAGAAAUCCAACAGUUCAAGAGAUUCAUUCAAUGCAUUUUCUACACUCUGGCCUUGCCUUUCUUGGGAAAGAGUCUGUUGGGCUUGUGGGAUUUGAGAUUUGUAGCAAAUCAUCAACACACUCGAACGAAUUCUUUAAUCCACUCAAUUUCUGGC